CUACUGGGGACGUGGCUCUAUGUGGCCGGGGCUGCGCAAUUCCCCCGGCACCUCCUGGAGAUGCUGCUCAUCGACCAUGGACACCUCCAUGUGGAGCCUGGUGCCAGCGAGCAGGAGCUGCCCAUCACCCAGAGCGUGGCCGUGGGGGACCAAUGUCUCACCAACAACUCCACCUACGUAGAAAUCACUGCUGGCAGCACCAUGCUGGUGAAGGAGGCCAAGACCCAGCAAACUGUGGGGAUGCUGAUGAACCUCAGCUCUGAAGAUGUUUUACUCAUCCAGUACCAACUGCAGAGGGAAAGGACGUACCUGGGACUCUAUCUCUAUGCCAGAAACCUGACCAUGAGCAGAGCCCAACAGGAAGAGUUCGAGAGCCAGGCCAAGUGCCUGGGGCUGAGUGAAGAGGGGAUCGUGUACGCGCCAUGGAGAAGGGAGCUGUGUCAAAUGGAAGAAGUUGGAAAGGGAAACAGCGCAUGGAUGGAGCCCACGGCUGCAGUCACAGCAUCACCUCCUCCAGGUACCCACCAACCGGGGAGCGCAAAUAACUGA